UGCCAAAAAAAAAAAAAUUAAAGUUUUGCCUUUUGUAUUUCGAUUCUUAAAUCAACAGGAAAUGAUAUCUUUGCUUGCCAUAAAGUAGGAAUCUAUCUUUUGCCACCAUGAUACCAUGAUAAUUAGUUGUCCCAGUCCCAUUAUUGACUAGUCCCUAUAUCAGAAUAUUAACUGAAAGUUUAAAAAUUUUUAAAUAUUUUCAAAAUUCUCAUAGCUGAAGAAGUAUACAUGAAAUUUAAGUUCUAUGCCUAGGUUGAUGGAAGGCACAAAAUGCUAUGUGGAAAAUUUGGAGUUACACACAAGGGCAUCCUGAGAGUAAAAAUUCCUGGAAUUAACCAAAACUACCAGGAUAACUCCAGAUUUUGAAAAGGUAUUGAUGGGGCUCAAGCAGAGAUCUCAAAGGAACCAAGUAUUGUCUGAGUUCCAAGUAUGAAGAAUCGAAACUUGACUAAUGUCUGUCUAACAGGAUGAGAAGUUAGCUGAGUAGGGCUACAGAGUUGGAUGGCUGGGGAGGGGCUGUUUACUGCCUUCUCUCCUGUAGCCCCUCCCCACGCUCAGGAGCCCUUUGUGACCAGAGCACCACUCUAUGAUGGGGACCUAGGACUUUAGUCCCCCAAGAUACACCCUGUGCUUAGUUGCCUGAGGACAGCAAUGUGAUUCAGAUGAUGGAGAAUCUUCUAUGCUCUCUUAAAAGCACUUUUGGCACUUGGCUGGACUCCAGUUCCACUUCCGGGGUGACUGAAACCAUCUUUGUUAUUCUGCUUGGACUGGGGCUCUUUUUCCUGUUCCAUCCCUAUCUCCAGAACAAACCAACUUUACCACCUCUUAGGAAACACAGAAACACCAAGAAGCAUCAAAUGCAGCUGAGCGGGAGAUGCAGGGGUAGGAAGACAGAUAGAGCUUUGAAAGCUUGCAGAGAUUGCCUGAAAGAACUGGAAGAGGUCCGGGACUUGGCUUCCCAUCUGCAAAGACACCUGGGGAAGAUUACUGACAAGGACACCAUUCAUCAGCUCUCCUCUCAAGAACCCCCUGGCGAGGUGUGCAAGGAAGCCACUGCCGGAGCCCACUAGCCAUGCAGGCAAGAGGCUGCUCCCACCGUGUCCCCACCUCUGCUGAAUGAGCAGCCUCCAUCUCAGGCCUCCACAGCUUCUCCAAGAUCAGUGACCUCAGUUUCUGUUCACUCAGAUUCCUCCCUGACUCUCUCUCAGCACCAGAGCUUUUCCUUCCCCUGGACAGACUUUCACUCGGGCCACCUGCUCCUUCCCCUCCCCUGCCAUGCCCUCCUGACCCAGGGGCUGCCCUGUAGCUAUAACAGACUCCUCUGCCCCCCUCCCCACCAGGCUCUAUGAUGUGUCUCACUAGGGAUGACUCCCUAGCACCCCCACUGAGCACCAUAUCACGCACCUCGUACCCCUCUCCCCUUGGAGACCAGCCAUCUCAGGCCUUGUUCUUUCAAGCUGUCCCUUUCAGCCCUGACUUGGUGGCAGGGGACUGCCAAAGCCUGAAGUUUCUCUACCUUGAUACACUUGAGUCCCUGCAAGGACACCUUCCCCGCCACCCAUCAGAGGUCUCAUUUCGGGGAGACCCCACAAACAGACAGGCAGAGGCUGGCAGCCUCUCUUUUGUCAACCUGGAUGUCUAGAAGCUGUUGGAGGCGCUGAUCACCAAGAGAGUAGAACUGAAGAUUUGGAAGAAGAAAGAAAAGGAGGUGGAGGCAGGCUACCAUCUGACUUCUUUGGGGAAGAGGAUCAAGUCACUUGGUGACAAGCAGGACACGUUGGGUCGCCAACACUUGUGGAGCAUAAAAGGCAAACUAGAACAACUGCUUGGUUCUGAGAAGCCCCUGUAUCCUGACAUUUUGGGGGACCAUCUACAGAAGACAGGCAGCCAGCUCUUCUGGGA